UGCGGGCCUGCGCCCGCCCCGCGCCGGGGGGCACCGGCAGGCACCGGGAGGCACCGGGAGGGACCGGGGGACACUCGGAGCAGCACUGCGGCACCGGGAGACAGCGGCACCAGGAGGCACCGGGCGGCACCAGGAGACACCGGGAGGCACCGGGAGGCACCAGGCGCGGCCCCGCGGCCCCGGGAGGAACCGGGAGGCACCAGGAGAGGCCCCGGUGCCGCAGCGCAGCCUUCACCCCCGCCCCGGGCAGUGCUGAGCGGGGACAGUGGGCCCGGCCCCGCGAUGGGGCCAGGUGGCCCCGGGGGCGGGUGGCCCCUGGCCGGGACCCUGCUGGUGGCCAUGACCACCUCGAUGGUGGCUGGGGGCGAGGACUGCCUGUGGUAUGUGGACAGGAACGGCUCGUGGCACCCGGGCUUCGACUGCGAGUUCUUCACCUUCUGCUGCGGCACCUGCCACCAGCGCUACUGCUGCAGGGACCCCCUGCGACUGCUCACCGAGCGCCAGCAGCGACACUGCCUCACCUUCAGGUGCCACUGCGGGGGCACGAGGGGGCACCCACGGGGCUCUGGGGGCUCCUACUGGGCGCUGGGACUGGGUGCUGGGCAUUGGGACUGGGGGGCUGG